UAGAAAUGAGACCCCAUGGCUCAGUAGAAAUAAGAUCACAUGGGUCUGUGGAAAUGGUGCAGUCUCUUAGCUCUGUUGAAAUGCAUGGAUCACUUCAGGAGCCCAUGUCCCAGUCAGAGCAGCAGAUGGCCAGGACGCCAGACAGCGGAGGUAGGGAAAUGAAAUAUGAUCUUCUUCCACCUCUGCAAGAUCAGGCUCAGACAUCUGAAGCAGACAAAGAAUAUUUUGAUCAAUACCUCAAGAGCUUAAGUGCUGCCAACAAUCGGGCAGCCAAUGGUGGCCUUGAGCCUCCGACGAGUGGAUUACGAGAACUAGAGGCAAUGGUUGGUAAGUCUCACCAUGACCUGAGAGAACUGGGCAGCAAAUCUCCCAUGGGCUCUCUACCCACCGGUGUCAUGACCAGCCUUGAAAGCACUUUACCAAUUCUUGCAUCUGGUGAUCUGCGUGCUAGAAUGGAUGUGUAUGAAAGGCACCACGAGUCCCUUUAUGUUAGAGACACCCCGUCAUCACUACCUCGCCUAUCUGAUAGACAGACUGCUACCCCUUUAGCUCCCAAUCCAGCUGCAUUUGAUGCAUUUUCAUCUCUGAAUUCGCUGCACCCUGCUGCCGGUGGCAGGGAUAACACUUACCUCAGGCAACCUGAAAACUUAUUUCCCACUCCACCCGUCACCAGUAACUUUAUGGCGGAGGCCAUGUUUCAGCGCCAGGCCAUGACAACUCCCUUCCUGCCCCCUCAGCCAAGUGACAGAAGCGGCCUGUCUCGCAUCCCUGAUACAACACCUUUAAGAUCUAAUUCAUCGUCACUGUUGCGUCGUUCUGGCACCAUGCCGGGUGCGGAUAUGUUUUCAUCUCCUUCCAUGCCCCAGGCCAUGCCUAGAAAUCCGUUCACCAAUGCUUGGGCUAGUCAAGAAUCCAGACCAACUCACUGGCAGACACCGUAUCUCCCCCGGCAACCCAACAUGACAUCAGCCGGGUCAUUUUUUCCUUCGAAAGAUAACUAUCUGACAGGAAGGGAGUUUAUGUUUGAUCCGUCAGUUCGUCAGUCUGCGGAGAGAGGGAUGUUCCCAUCACUAUCCUCUGGACAGACACAAGACACCUUUCAGCUUGAGCGUUUUGACCUUAGCAACUAUUUCCCAAAUGCAAUGACUCCGUAUGGCAGUUCUACGGGGACUUUAGACUACACCAGAUCAGCCCACCCGGCUUCCGCUAAACCUUUUGAUGAACGUUACAGACAGUCAGCUGCCGCCUCUGCCAGCAUCCCUGAUUUUAGAGGCUUACCUCCCUCCACUGGGUCCUCGGACAUGUUCUCUGGCUUGCCCGGGGUCAACAGUGGCCUGUUCUACGCAAGUAAUCCCAUGUCUUAUCAUCACACACAGCACAUGACAGACAAUGUCAACAGUGCAUUCCUCACACACUCCACUUCGGCUCAGCACGCCAUGUUUGAGCGAGAUUUUGCUGCUCAUCGAGGCCUCUACCCACAGAACACGCCCUACCCAUUCAUAGAUGAGAGACAGUACGGGCCUCCGGGCAAGCUCACACAUACACACUCUGUUGCCUCUGCGCCGGCACCUCAAGAUAGAGACUUAAUGAGUAGGUCUGGGGGACCAGAAGCUCCAAUGCAGGACCCUUAUCGCAGCAUGCUGUAUAGAUACUGAGGAGAGCACAGUCCCUGUUUUACUUUAAAGGGUUAUGUAAAUAUUAUCUUCCUAAUAUAAAUUAUUUUUUAUGCUGUACAACAUGUUUAUACCCUCAUUAACUUAAGCAAAUUGUUCAUUCAUUGGUUACACCCUCAUUAACUUAAGCCAAUUGUUCAUCCAUUGGUUACACCCUCAUUAACUUAAGCCAAUUGUUCAUCCAUUGGUUACACCCUCAUUAACUUAAGCCAAUUGUUCAUCCAUUGGUUACAAGCUUGUAUAACCAUGUAACUCAGAUUGAGAAUGUCUCAUUUUUUUUUUUCUACUUAUAUGGGACACAAUGGAAUAUUUAGUGUGAAGCACCUUUUCCUUACUUUUUCUUGACCAGUCCAAUACCAAGAUGAAUGACAUCCAAUGUUGACCAGUCCAAUACCAAGAUGAAUGACAUCCUGUGUUAACCGUAAAUCUCACAACUACUUUUCUGAAGUCUCUGUAUUAAAAAUGGCUUAACAUUUUUGUCAAGAAAUUGUGGUGUAUUUACCAAACUUUGUGUGUUAUAGUAAAUUCUCUCAACUUGAUCAUGUACUGCAAGAUUAAAUGACUGAUUCAUUUUUAGGAUAUGAAUUUGUUAUAAGUGUGGAGUAAAGCUCAGUAAGGACUAUUUUAAACUGAAUAUUUUCUUCAAUUUCUGUCAUUAUAAACAUCAGCAAUUUGUGUUCAAAUGAAAUCUUGUGUAAAUACCUGGUGUCAUAUUAGCAAUAACUUGUCCUAUGAUGUUUUGUACAAACUAUUUUUCCAAUUCAAUUUUGACACUUGAGUAAAGCUGCAGCUUUUGUAAA